UAAGAAGCCAACUUCACCUGUAGCUUUACCAUUGCGCGUAAAAAAGCAGAAGAAACUGUACGAAAAGAGGGAAACGGGCUACAACUAGUCACUGGCAUCUCUUAAGAAAACUUGUCGAGUCAGAUGUCGGUAAGUGCAGUGGUUUCUGCUAGUCAAAAAAGUAUCGCUAGUCAUCGCAAGCUAUGUAACAGGUUAUUCCUUUUAAAAGACGAGAACGAUUUUUUACCGGAUCUUCUUGGUUGUCUGAAUGCUCUUAUUCGCAUAAAACGCGGAAACCCUAAUGCAGAAAGGGUUCUGCGAUUUAUUAUUACAUUUAUUAAUUAUUUGCAACAAAAAAUACCAGACUAUGACUUGGCACAACCGAUUUUAAAGCAUUUGUUGAAAGGGGUUGAUGCGAAAGACAAGGUCGUUCGCUACAGAUGCUGUCAAGCAAUAGCCAGAGUCACUAAUAUGUUACGAGAAAUUGAUGACGAAUUAUAUGGUACACUGCGCUCUAAGCUACUACUUCGUGUUCGUGAUAAAGAGUCUACCGUGCGAGUUGAGGCUGCAAUUGCACUCUCUCGUUUACAGGAUCAAGAUGAAACGGAUGAAAACGAAGUCCGUGAUACCCUUCUAUUUCUUUUACAAAGUGAUCCUAGUGUAGAUGUUCGUCGAGCUGUGUUACUGAAUGUUGAAGUGAGCAACAAAACUCUUCCGUUCAUUUUAGAACGUGCCCGUGAUGUGGACCCAAAGAACCGUCGGAUCGUUUAUGCCAAAGUACUGCCAAAGAUUGGCGAUUUCCGUUACUUGAACAUUCGAAAACGUAUACGUAUUCUUAAAUGGGGUCUAAAAGAUCGUGAUGAAACUGUACAAUUAGCCGCAGCACAAAUGCUAUCAACAAGCUGGAUAUCUAACGCUAAUAACAACCUCUUGGAACUCUUGGAAAGACUUGAUGUUGUUAACAACGAGGAAAUAGCGGUUCUUGUACUAGAAAACUUUUUUAAAUUACGUCCUGAGAUUUUUAAAGAUCUCCAGUUUGAAGAGUCUUUCUGGAAAGAACUGACAGCGGAAUCAUCUAUUUUGGCAAGGGUUUUCAACAGCAUCUGCGUCCAACAAAAUCUUACGGAAUUGAAUGAGCGCAUUCCCGAUCUUGUUCAACUGACUUUCUUCCUAGAACAGCAGUAUGUACGGAUGCGCAAUGAAACUGUUUAUGAGGAAGUUUGCUUUGUUAUCCAACAGCUUCUUCAUAUAUGCAACAACAUGAAUUUAGGUGAUGAGAUUGGACGAAGAAAAUUGCUUGGUUGCCUUUCAAACAGUCUCACAACGCUUGAGCUUCCUGAUCAAAUUGUUAAACUUCAAAUUGAGCUUAUGGUCAAGCUGUGCACGAGCGAGUUGGAUUUCUGCUCCCUCAUGAUGGAAGUUAUUACGGACGUGUACGAACAAGGACACGAGACACCGCAACAAGAACAAGUUGAGCCCAACAAGUCCUCACCCUCUGAAUUAGAUACUGACUCUGAUGCUCGCUCAUCAUUGUCUGCUGCGGAAACACAAUCGCCAGACGUUAUCCCAGAAGUUCCUGCUGCUAACGCAGAGGAAAAAUUGGCAACACAACUUAACGAAAAGGAUAUAAAAGCAGCUUUUUCUGAGUUACACUGUUUAACAUACAUUCAGUUCAUGUUUGAGAACAUCACUUCAGACUUCAACAAAAAUCAUUUUCUACCCACGAUACUUCAGUCUAUCAUUAUUCCCUCCGUGCGUAGUCACGACGCACCAAUUCGUGAAAAAGGUCUUAAGUGUCUUGGUCUAAGUUGUUUACUCCAUCGUGAAUUGGCCAAAGAAAACAUUACACUGUAUCUUCAUUGUUUCACAAAUGGCGACACUAGUUUACAACUCAUUUCCAUCCACGUCAUUUGUGACAUUAUUUUAAUGUUUGGCCCCAGCAUUGCCGAGGACCAUGAACAAGAAAUCUCUGAUAUGUAUCUUACUGCUUUAAGUGACCUUGAAAAUCAAGAACUACAGGCGAAUGCCGCCGAAGCUAUAUCAAAGUUUCUUAUGAUUGUACAUUUUCAUGACGAUUUGUUCAUAAAACCACUGAUCAUUCAAUACUUUGAACCAAACACAUUUGAGAAUCAGCGUUUACGCCAAGUUCUCGGAUACUUUUUCCCUGUAUAUGCAUUUGGUUCUUAUGAAAAUCAGCGUAGAAUUGGAAACGUGUUUUGUGAUACACUACUACAUUUGAUGGAAAUUUAUGAUAGUCUGGAUGACGAUGAUCGAGUAUUAACACCUCUUAAUAUUGCUCAGCAGAUACUUGACUGGAUUGAUUUUGAAAAACUUUACAUGCUUCAUGAUAAUCUCAAACUCGAAAAUCAAGAUCUACACUUGCAUAUUGCGGACAACAUUAUUGAUGCACUUGUAGAACUCGAGGACGAUGAGUCAAAAGAUAAAAAGCUAUUGAUAUCUUUACUUGGAAAACUGAAAAUUCCAAGAACGUUACCAUCGCAAAGUUAUGCACAUACCAUUUCAAAACUUGAAACGUUUGAGCAGCAUGGCAUUCUUCUGGAUACAUCCAGUAGCAACAUGUUAAACAAGUUUGCUGAAGCGAUGGAGUAUAACAAACAAAUUGCACAAAAGAACGAAGAAGAAACAGUGCAUGUUGUUUCAGAUACCGAGGAAGAUACGAGCAUGAUUGAUGUAAAACGAGAACCUUGAAAAAUUUGGUAAUCAUCAUCCAAACCACAUCCCUUAGCUAUUUGAGUGAGCAUAAAUAUAAAACGACAUCCGAAUUUCUUUCAAAAAGCGGAAAAAGUUUCUUGUUUUGUUGAGCCGCUCAACAAGUUCUUCCAAAUUUGAUAAUGGAGGAUUACACUUUGUAACUGUGGAUUCAGUUAAUAAGAUUAAGGCAUUCAUGACUGCACAAGCCUACCUUCGUAUAGCUUUUCCAUGAAGUUGAUAUGAAAGGAAAACCGCUUCUUCCAAUUUUUAUCGUCGAUGUUAACAAACACAAUUCGAAGUUCAUCCUCGCGAACACCUUCAAUUCUCAUUCCCAGAUAUUUUUCCCAGAAUUGCAAUUCUGGAUUGUCUAAACUUUUCUGUUUCAUGAAAUGGUGUUCCUCUUUUGCUUUCAAUUCUCGUUUUGCGGUCAAAACCGACUGUUGCCGUUCAAUUUCUUCUGCUAAAAGUGCUUUUCUCCGGUUCAUAUCUUCUAAUAUCUCGGUAUAACGUUGUAUUUCUUGCGUUAUAGUCAGUUGUUCUAGUUUUUCUUUCUCGAUAUUAUCCAUUACUUCCUUUUCACGCAAUUGUGCUCUUUCAAGUUCCUUUUCCGUUUUCUUUUGUUUUUCUACGUAUAAAUUGUUAGCCCCGCGUUCCAAUUGUCAUACUUAUACCCCAUAGUUCUGAGCAUUGUUUCAGAUGUUCAUUUUUAUCAUCUAAUAGCUUUUGUCUUUGGUCUUGAGUAUAUUUAUUAAAAAAAAGACAGAAAUUUGAUACGUUGUUUCUUAGUGUUUCAAAAGAAAACGUAUCUUCAUUAUAUUCAGCCAUUCUUUUCGUGAAAAGAGGUUUUUUAAUUGUUGAAAUGAGUAGGUAUGCCGCAAUAGUACGGGUCGGACAUUUUACACCUGGAAAACACAAUUGGAAAAGGUUUGUUAAUUUACAAUUAAUUAGAAUGAAUAACUAUUAAACCAAAGAAUUCUUACAUAACA